CCGGUCCCUCCCUUCACUCAUGUAAACAAGUGUGAUUGCUUAUACUGUUUAGAAAUGAAGUGUGUACUGUUUCUUUUUGUCUUCAUUUUAAACUAUUUUACGCAAUGUAAUGCAUUCGGUAUCGGAUCAACUUUAUAUUGUUAUCAAUGCAUUUCAACCCACCCAGGGUGUGGCUCACCUUUUGAAUGGCUUUGGAAUUGGAGUCAAGCUUGCCCUGAAACCGAUGAUAAAUGUGUUAAACUCAUUGAAAGAAAAGGAGCUGUGGAGGUUAUCACUAGAGAUUGUCUAAGCUCAUUAAAAAGUAUUAGAACUGAUAUUCCUGCCGAUCAUUACGAGGGUUGUCGGCCAGCUACUGUGGAUGUAAAGCUUGCUAAUUAUGUUAAUAAUAGUAUUAAAGAGUUGGACAUAAAAAAAAACUAUUAUGAUGAAACAACAUGGUGCUUUUGUUUUUUGGAUAAUAGAUGUAAUGGAUCUGUAUUGACCACCAGUAUAUCUCCUACAGCAGUUUUCAUUUCCGUUAUAUUGGCAAUAUAUUUUGCUAGAUGACCAGGUUAAGAUUACAGCAAAUACAACAGAUAAAUCUCAACUAAUUGCUGUUUAAAACAUUUUUAUACUUACUAUUAAAAAAUAUUAAAUUAAUUCCAAUAUGGUUAUAUUGUAAACAUCUGUACAAAUUAUUUUUAUAGUAUAAUUAAAAGCUGCCAACCAAAGUAUUUACAUGUUUACUUUACCUGCUUAUGCAAGUAAAGUUUCUUUUUUAUCAAGAUUAGAAAAACCUUGUUAUCAAGCCUUAUAAUUUGUAAUUGAAUGUAGUAAAAUUUAUUUUAAUGUUUGAUUUGUCGAGGUUUACAUAUAUUAUCAGUGUUAUUGGUUAACUGAAUCUUGGUAUGUCUACCUCUAAUAAUAAUGAAGCCCAAUAUCACUGCCUAAAUAUCUCCCUUCGCUGGAAAGUUUCUCAGCCAUUGUUUAGGUUAAUGGCUUCCUCAUGGAACUAGUUUUUCUUUCAGUAACCUCUCCACUGCAAUAUGACCCAGAUCUUGAUGUGUAAAGUAUGAACUGUGAUGAAGUAUUAUUUUAUUAAUCCAAACUCAAGGGCUAUAUUUUACAUAAUGCUCUUUGUCACUUGGUAUUAGUCCUUUGUAUAUCAAUGCAAUUAAAAAAAACAUCAGAUAUUUUAUAAUUAGAUUAAUAAAUUAACCUCUUUUGAUCAUAUAAAAAAAAUGAUAUUUGAAAGGCUACAUGAGUUAAUUAUGAAAAGGAGAAGGAAGAAAAAGAAACCAAAAAGAUAAAUUGGAUGAAAGCCUGACAAGAAACUGUAUUGGGUUGAGCUUUGGGUAAAAAAAAGCUUUGGGUUGAGAGGAAGAAAGAAACAUGAAAAAUAUUUAAAUCAAAGGAAACCACAGUGUAAAAUUCCAAAAUAAAAUAAAAAUCAUUACCACACUACAUAUGUUCUACCCACAAUUUAUUUUUAAAUGUAGUGAUUUUUAAGGAUCUUAAAACUUAUUGUGAUAUAUAGUCCGUCCUUCUACAGUUCAGUAUCAUGAAUGUUUGUUAGCUUUAUAGUUUUAUAUUUCUUUAUUGAUAAAAAUGUCUGAGUUAAUAUUUUAGUUAGAUUCUUGAAAUCUAUGUGUAAUUUCUUUUGUGAAUUGAAAUAUAGAUAAUGCUUUUUCUGUUGUAUCACUGAAGAUAAAUUAUAUUAUCAUUUAUUUUAAUAAUAUAAUCUACUUAUUGUGAUAUAUAGUCUGUCCUUCUACAGUUCAGUAUCAUGAAUUUUUGUUAGCUUUAUAGUUUUAUAUUUCUUUAUUGAUAAAAAUAUCUGAGUUAAUAUUGUAGUUAGAUUCUUGAAAUCUAUGUGUAAUUUCUUUUGUGAAUUGGAAUAUAGAUAAUGUUUUUUCUGUUGUAUCACUGAAGUUAAAUUAUAUUAUCAUUUAUUUUAAUAAUAUAAUCUACUUAUUGUGAUACAUAGUCUGUCCUUCUACAGUUCAGUAUCAU